CAUUGAGAACCGAACUGAUCACCGUUGGACUCUCAUCCCUCUCACCAUGUUGUACGUUUCUAAGUUUGGACGUUAAUCAAUUCUAUACAGCAUGGACAUAAGAAUUUGGUUUUGCUUUACAGCGGUGCUGAUACAGUUCGGGUCAGUGACGUCAUAUUAUCACCUCCAUCGGGACAGGACCUCGGGUAACAGAACUUGUCGCCAGACCCUCAGCAGAAUCGGGCACCUGUCAAUCGAGGCUCCCCAGCCCCCCAAUAUUGCUGGUGAAUGGACGUCACAAAGGUGCGAAGUUCGACCAGGGCCAGAAUUCAUUUUGCGUCGUUAUUAUUUCCAAAGACAUCAUUUUAAGUUGCAGCAGUAUUACUACAAAGAUCCCGGAUGCAAGCGUCCCGCUUAUGGCGUGGUGGCUGAGGGACAUUACAGACAUAAGCGGCCUUCCUGGAUUGUUCAGGGUGGAACAGAAACAGCUUACACUGUCCAUAAUGUCUCUGUCAUACCAUAUACAAGCAAUGUUGCAAGGACGUUCACGAAGAAUGCCCAAUUUUGCACUGAACUAGCAAAUAUGAAUUUCAGUACGUUCAGAAAAACGAAAAUUUUAAAUUUCCCGCCAUAUGCAAAAAAUUCGCACGACGCAUCAAGGGACUUUGAUUGUAGUUUUGUAUUUAACCUUACAUUCCAUGAACUACAACUGAUUCGCCUAGAAAUACAAAACCACCAUGUGUAUAGUUCAAUCAAGUAUUUCAGAGUGGUAAAAGCCAAGAGGGCGCGAACAGAGAAACUACUAUUUCUAGGAGACAUUCAUACAGACGUCAAACAGCGCGCCUCCUACCGACCAACAGCAUACCAGACGGCACUAAGGCCGGUUUUUACGAGAAAAUGUCAUGUAUGCAGUCUGAUCGCAAAUUCGCACGACUUUCUACCUCCUCAACUGAAGAACGGUCGGAAUACUGCCCUUGACCUUACCGGAGAAUGGGUCAGCCGAAGAUGUGAGACGAGACAAUACGGGCAGUUUCUCACCAGACAUCUGAGUUUUUAUCCUGAUGGAAGUUCUUGGAGUGGACAAUACGAUUUCUACAGAGACCCAUUGUGCUUGAAUCCAUCAUUUACUUUAAAAGUCAAGGGCAUGUACUCGAUCAAAGCAGACUCCAAGUCAAUCGUUGGAGCAAAAAACUGUAAUUUUCGAAUACAUAAUCUUAAAGUUAAGCCAAUGUCCCAACUGAUCACACAAAAUCUAAACAUAUUUGGAGGUCAAGGCUGUGGAAGACCGAAUUCCUGGGAAACCUUCGAGGAACAGGAUGUGACGUCAACCGGAGGAUGUAGCACUCUAGGAAUCAAUCUUCCAUCAGUGGAGCACGAACUUUUGAAAAUAGAAAAAAGUCAUAACAAAAAGCUUCUAUUUAUAGGACAGCGACCAACAGAUCAGGGUGUUCGUCCGGUGGGUGAAUUACCAACAUCCUUCCAAGAACCUUUACUUCAAUGUUCCAAUGCCCAAGAUCCACCCAAGAAAACAAAGUUCAUAACGAAAUACAAACUACCUUACUUCCAAAAGCUAGAGUCGCUAGAAAGCUCAUCAGCAAACAACAUUCAUUUUGUGGCGUAUCGUUUGUUCUCACUUGUUGUCAGUUUCUUUAUCGUCAGAAUAUUAUGAUUGGAAAUCAUCCAUCAAGAUUUCGGUCAAGGUCUGCGACGAGACCGAGUUAAUGAGUAACAGUUCAUUUGACAAUGAAAAUCACAGCUCGGAAUCAGGGCGAUCUAGCGUUAUUAGAUUGCUGCUGCGCGCCGAAAUCAAAAGGUAAAUGGGACUUACAAAAGUGCGCCCCCGCCACAGUAUCAGCACGUUAACGUCUACGUAAAACAAAGGAUACAGACGAUCAAAUUAGGCACACAGAAGAAAACCAAAACAAGACGCGGAAUUUAACGUCUGCAGUAUUGACACAUGUUCCAUCACCAUUAAAUUCUCCCCAUUUCUUACAGUUGUUCGGACGUUUGUUGUAGAACUUUGUCAUAUUGCCCUAUAGUUGGCUAUGUAUGCCGGGACCUUGUCAGUUGUCUAUGUUGUCGGGACGGAUAAUCUGUUCGGUGUCUUCCUUUCUUUACGGGUAAUCUAGGGCAGUUUUUGUGAACAUUUUUCUCAUUGCAUUUUUCAAUGAAAUAAAAAUAAUUUUAAUAUCAUAUCUUAUUUUAUUCCAACAAUCGGGAUACCUGCAUGUUUUUUUUCAAGUUUUGUUAUUAUGAAAUAUUUACAUUUUCCAGUGUCUUUGCCUGUGAUAUCACUACAUAUCGGUUUUGUACUACAUAACCCAUAACUUCAAAUGACGUUUAAAUGGGGCGCCAUUGAAAUUAUCACCUCAUAAUACUCAAAUAAUGAUUCCUUAUUCCUUAAAUAUAAACGUUUUAAGAAUUGACGCAUUUUAUUUGAUUACAGAAAUAAACAUUUCUUGUAAAAUAAUAUGUCGCUAUUUUUUUUUAAACUAUGAUAUUUUAACAUACUUCAUGUAC